AUGCUCGAUGAAAACUUGCCAGUCUUUUACGUCAAGCCUUCUACAGAGAGGCCCAGAUACCAAUCCACCUACUAUUUCAGCCAGGGAGGUGAGGAGCGAAAGCCCGCGUAUUCCGUACGCCACCUUGAUCCGGCUCUACAAACAUCAAAGAACAAAUAUGCUGUAGCCCUCUACGAUUCCUUUUGCCCUGAUGUGCUCUACGCCGAGACCCUCCUUGUUCCUAAAUGGACGCAGCCCUCGUUAUCACAGGAAGCAAUUCGCCAAAACGGAGGAAUUCCCCCUCCUCCAGAGCCGAUUCUUCCCACUGAGUUUAUUAUCCAGUUAUACAAUCCAGAUCAGCAGGUAUUAGUCCGCUAUAAGCCCAAAUCCUGGAACUCUCCAGCAUCCUGGGUUUUCGAAAUGCCACAGCAGACAUUUCGUCGGCCAUCAGGUUCAACACUGGACCGUACCCAAAAUGACCCAGUAGCACUAGAUAUCACACCGAGACUCAGAUUCAACUGGCAGAAAGACGGAAAAUUUUCCAAGGACCUCACAUGCUACCUGCUGGGUAAGACCGUGGAUCUUAAUGAUUCUAGAAAACGAAGCAAGGAGCCUGAUAUCACUAUUUCAAUCUUCAAAGGCCUUAAAGAGAUCACUCUUUAUGAACCGAACCUAUGCCGAGUAGAGAUGGAGGAUUACAAAGGCCUCGAAGUCGUCCUGUUACUAGGAGCAAUAGUAAUUCGAGAUAUUUAUUUUGGCCACAUGAAGACCUCCUUUAACAUUACUAACCCCCCCGCCGGAACAUUUGCGGAGCCGAAGACAAACGUGAAUACUAAAGUGCCAGAAACUAAUAAGCUUCCCCUGGACAACCGGAACAAAAAAACACCAUCUCCCGAAGUCCCUCUCAAGCCUGCGUCCAAGCAAACGACGCUGCCACCCCGCGAGCCACGCCCACCGCCAACCGAUGCUCGCAGCCAAUGGGAAAUCGACGCUGAAGCGAAACGUCUGAGGCAAAAGGCUGAGGCAGAAGCUCGCGAGCGCCGACAAAAAGAAAAAGAGGCCGAGAAAAGGACGAAAAAGCUACUCGAGGCGGAAGAGCGGGAAAAACGAAAAAGACAAGUACGAAUAGAUGAAGAAACCGAACGACUAAAGAAAAUGUACGGCAAAGAGGAUACACAGUCGCGUAAACAGCGAACCUACCCGAAUCCACCCCCAAUGCCACAGAGGCCGUCACAGCGGAAUGAUCGCUCUCAUUCUUCAUCUCCCCCUUCUCGGGUAAACUUCUUCUCGAGGCCAGGCGGAGGGUACCCUCCCACCCAGCUUUCAACCCCUCCAGGGCCCACCUCGGGAUUGCGGCCACCGCAGCCUCAGCUCAAGGAGAAGCGAAGUAUCUUCGGGUUCAAGCUAAAUGACAACAAAGAUUAUGGAAGUGUUUUAUCAAAGAAGCGAAGCUCUAUUUUCUAA